AUGAUAGACGAAGUGCGAAAGCACUACACUAGUACACUAUACGAGGCCGUCAACGUCAAACACGCGGUUACCAAACCGCGACCAUGGUUCGGACACGGGACGUCGCAGGUGUCCACGGCUCACCUCGAGUUCUAUGGAAAGACAGCUAAGAUGAUCACCGCCGAGCCGGUGACUUGGCCGGAGCAAACGGUGCGACGCGAUAACCUCCAUGACAGGAGGCAUGUCAAAGCUCUCGGAUAUUCGCCCGACGAGUGGCAGUGUGGACCGGUUAUAAAUCAAUAG